AUGUCCGCCAAAGCUACGGCCGCCCGCCAACCCCCGGCCGGCGCCCCCUCGAACGCCUCGUCGCCUACCCAAUCUGGAAAUCGCGGCUCUCCCGUCGUCGGCAUUCUCAAAGCCACGGCGCUGAUGGCCGUCGCCGGGCUUGCGUCGUCCGUCUCGCAGCUCAGCCUGUCCCCGGUCUACGGUAGCAUCCCGGCGGCGAUCUGGCACCAGAAGAGCUUGAUGUUCACCGCUCUGGUUGUCCUUAUCAACAAGAGCGUUUUCCAGCGUAUCUUUCCGAAAAACGUCCAGGCAUGGGUUCCCGUUCUGGCAUUCUGGAGCCUCCCGAUCCAGAGUGUCCUUUUCCAGUAUAGUUCCAUCCUUGGCCCCGUCUACGGGCCCGUAAUUACUGAGGUCCUCACCUUCUUUCCUAUCCUACUGCUGUCCAUGUUUGCCGCUGUUUCUGCAUUGGAAGUCUUAGACCUCAGCUUGUUCAGUCGUGGCUUCGCCGAGGGCAUCCCGCCGCUGGCGUGCUACACUACCUUCUCCGUCGUUGAGAAUUACGUCGCUGGAGCCCUGCCCGCUUACAUGGGCUCCAAUGACUUCUUCACCAGAUCUGGCCUGCAACUCUUCAUUGCCUCUGCCUCUGCCGCUGUGGCCCCUUCCAAAUUCCUGCUGCUUGCCCUGCCGGCCAUUUUCCAUACCGUUCGCCUCAACCCCCAUUUCCCUGGCGCAACCACCACCGCCGUCUUGAAUGAGACGCUCCACGCAAACCAGUACACGCUCUUGGAGCGCCAGGAGUCCCUCACCGGCUACAUCUCCGUCAUCGAGAGCCAUGAGAACCAAUUCCGCCUGAUGCGCGCCGACCAUAGCCUGUUGGGUGGCGAAUGGCUCGUGAGCCCGCAGCGCCGGGCCAGCGGACAGACGCAGCCGGAAACCAUCUACACCGUCUUUACCAUGCUGGAAGCCGUGCGUCUCGCCGUAACCGGCGCCGUCAAUGAACAGCGCCCCGACUCGUCCAAGAGCGCCCUCAACAUCGGCCUGGGCAUCGGCACUGCGCCGACGGCGCUGAUCAAGCACGGCAUCAACACGACCAUCGUCGAGCUCGACCCGGCCGUGCACGCCAUGGCGACAAAGUACUUUGCGCUGCCGACCAACCACACGGCCGUGCUGCGCGACGCCGUCGCGUACGUCGGCGAAACGGCGGCCGUGGCGCCCGCCAGCUUCGACUACAUCAUCCACGACGUCUUCACCGGCGGCGCCGAGCCCACCGCCCUCUUCACGCUCGACUUCCUGACAGGGCUGAAGACCCUGCUCCGCCCCGACGGCGUCGUCGCCAUCAACUACGCCGGCGACCUCCGCCUCGCGUCGACCCGCCUCGUCCUCAACACCAUCCACGCCGUUUUCCCUUCGUGCCGCAUCUUCCGCGACCAGGCCAAGGAAGCGGAUGCCGGUGAGGACGACAUGGACUUUAUCAACAUGAUCGUCUUCUGCCGGCCCUCGAAGUCGCCUCUCGUCUUCCGCCAGCCUACCGACGCGGAUUUCCUCGGCAGCAUCGUCCGCCGCCGCACGCUGUAUCCGGCUAAGGACCUUGAGGUCAAGUUUAAGCCGGAUGAGGGCGCGCAGCUGCUCACGCCCGAGACGGUCGAGGUGUUGGAGAAGGGGCAUCGCGAGAGUGCUGUUAGCCAUUGGCGGAUCAUGCGGACUGUGCUGCCGGAUAAGAUUUGGGAGCUUUGGUGA